CGCUUUCAAUAGGGCCCAUGCGAGAUCUGCGUUCUCUUCGUAUACAGAGCCCCACUCUUCGUUGUAGAGUGUGUGUGCCUUUCAGACUUUGUCGACGCUUGCUUUGUUCUGAAAUUCACUUGCCGACACCUUCGAAGCACUGCUAGUGAGGCGAAAGCAGAUCGCGUUCAAGUUUUGCACGAAGAUGGUGGAGGGUUAUCCUUAUGGGUUGGGAGGAUGGGGCGUGCCGGCGAUUUUCAGGGAGGGCGGCAGGCUGUUCGGCCGGUAUAUCGGUCUCCUAUCCCCUUUCAUUUUUGCCUUUCUUCUCCCUACUGCGCUGAUUCAGCUCCUGGAGCUCUUCGGCCUGGCGUGGUGGGCGUCUGGGCAGAGUCCGUUUAUUCCACCCGGCCCACACCCGCAUAGUUUUGCCUCUAAGAUUAGCGUAGGAUUGGAUGGCUACAACCCUCCGCCACCCCCUCCCGUAACAGGGCGGACCAUCUUGAUAAUGUUCGCUGUAGGUAUCUUGAUGUGGCUGCUUGCGAGCCUGGCUGUUGCAUCCAUCUGCAAAGCAGUGGAAUAUAUAUACGCUGAGCAGGAAGAGAAUCCUUCCGUGAUCAAGUCCAUCUUCAGUUCUCUUCCGGGAGCUCUCUUCCGGCUCUUUGUGACAUCUAUCUGGGUCCUCUUGCUCACUCUUGCUACGAUUAUCACUGUUUCGCUUCCAUUCUACCUGCUAGCUUUGGUCUUCAAGCAGGCACCUAUCUUGGCACUCCUUCAACAAGUGUUCCUUUCUGUCUCCCUCACUAUCCUGGGAUUCAUAUUCCUGUUGUCGCAAGAAGUAGCAGUUUUGGAGCCUGCCCACUAUGGUCUUUCAGCGUUGAAGAAAAGCGCAAAGCUUGUCCAGGAAAAAUUUCUGCCCGCGUUAACUCUCUUUGCUCUGACUAUCCUCGUCGGCGGAUUACUCUCUAGACUCUCUACCUUCAUUGGAGCAAGUUACUUCGAUAGUGGCAAGUUGCCGCGUUGGGCAGUGUACGUUUUGGCAGUCAUCUUCGCCGUUCUGUAUCUUGUCUUCCUAGUCUACGUUCUACUUGUCACCGUCGUAUUGUACUUCUCAAGCAAGUUGAAAUACGACGCCGAAGAAGGGUCCCUUCCCGAAUUUCUUCACAGCAGCAACGAAAACCCUUACGCCCCACUUGUAGUGCCGGCUGAGAAUUAAACAGCGAGCUGUCUUUUGCACAACAUGAGUCUCUGCUUCGUCCGGGUGAAGAAUCGGCAAUCAGCAGCUCAGUCUUUGUAUAGCAUCAGUGCUUAAUGGCGGAUGGAGCAGAUCUUCACCAUUUCUGUUUAUAGUAAAGCUUGUCUUUAAUGUGCAGAAUCAACUUAAUAGAUUGUGGAUCCCUGUUGAGGCUCAAAUGAAACCACAUCCUUAAGCAUUGUGUGACUAUCUUUCAAAGAACGCAACAAUCGAUAUGUUCAUUCACUGUUUCAUGACACCACCUUUGCAAUGUUCUAUCUUAUUAGAUAAGUAUCAAGCAAAGAUCAGUUUGCGUCA